AUGGAAGAAUACACCAUAAUAAUUAACAGACGCUUGUCAGAGGCCAGACCCGCUACAGCAGAAAUCCAAGAGAUUGCUGACAAGAUCAGACCACAGCUUGAAGAGAAAUCCAGUGAGAAAUAUGAAAAAUUUGAAGCUGUUGUGUAUAAACUUCAAGUCCUCAGUGAUGGGAAAAAUUACUUCAUUAAGAUGGAUGUAGGGGGUGGUUGUUACCUCCACAUAAAAGUCUUCAGUAAUAUUUCAAAUGAAAAUGAUUUGGAACUUAGAGGUUUUGAGACUAACAAAAGAAAGAAUGAUGAGCUGACCUACCUCAUAUUCUAA